AUGUUUGGUGGUGGAUUUGGUAGCAAUACAGGCUUUGGUCAACCCCAACAACAACAGCAACAACAGCAGCCAGCACCGCUCUUUGGAGGCUUCGGUGGAGGAGGUGCUUUUGGAGCUCCUGCCGCAAGUGGUAGUGCGUUUGGAAAUCCUGGGGCUGCUGCUGGUGUAUUUGGUGGUGCAAAUACAGGUGUCGGAGCCGCUGCUCCACAAAUGGGUGCAUUCGGGGCUCCAGCAAAUACAACAUCGGCUUUUGGAGCCGCAACUACUAGCGGGUUUGGAAGCAAUACUGGACUUGGAGGUGGAGGCAUGUUUGGCGGUGUUGGAAUGGGUGCUACUAAUGGAAAUGCUUUUGGUGCUGCAAAUAAUACUGGAACAAGCGCCUUUGGUGCCAGCACCACUGGUCAAAAUAUGUUUGGUGCUACUCAAUCAGCUGGAAUGGGUACAGGAAAUCUUGCAACAUCUCAGCACAAUAAUCAAGGUACAGGCAAUCCAGCAUAUCAGGAGACUAUGGAACGUGACUCGCCCACUUCAGCUACCAUGACAAAAUUUCAAAGUAUCAACGCGAUGCCAGCCUACCAAAACUGGUCGUUUGAGGAACUUCGACUUCAAGACUACGCUAUGAACAAGAAAUUUUCCAAUUCUGGCGUAAGUGGUGGGUUUGGUCAGCAAACCUCAGCAUUUGGGGCUACCAAGCCUGCUUUUGGAUCAGCUUCUACCACUACUUCUGCAUUUGGUGGAAUGGGUACUGCUGGAGCACCAGCCAGUGGAAUAGGAGGAGCAUUUUCAAGCUCAACUAAUACGUUUGGUGCGACUCAGCCGGCAACAAAUGCGUUUGGACAGCCUGCUCAACAAGGUGGUCUCUUUGGAGGUGCUGCUACAACAAAUACUUUUGGAUCUACUGGAACUGGUGCCUUUGGGAUGAACAAUCAGCAACAGAGUCAAAAGACGGCCUUUCCUUUUGGCGGCAGUGCUCAAACUACUACUGGAUUUGGAGCAGCGCCAACCACUGCAUUUGGCGCUCCGGCAACCAAUUCAAGUGGAUUGUUUGGAGCUCCCAAACCUGCAGGCGCGACUACAGGUGGUCUUUUUGGUGUAUCUGGACUUGGAGGCACUGCAACAACCAGUAAUAGUCUUUUCGGAGGCCAGGCACCUGCUGCUGCACCGGCUUUUGGUGCAACUCAACCUGGCGCCUUUUCCCAACCUGCUGCUACACAAGGCGGUGGUCUUUUUGGCAGUACUACAAGUGCUGUCAAACCAGCAUUUGGGAUGGGCGCGUUUGGUACUCCCGCGUCUACUGUUGGAGCCGGGUUAUUUGGCGCUCCUCAGACAACUCAUGCAGCUAUAUCUACUCAGCCCUUUGGAGCCGCUACCUCGACAGCAUUUUCGCAGCCUGGAGGUGCCUUUGGUGGUGGUCUUUUUGGCGCUCAGCAGCCUGCUACAACAGUUGCUUCAGGAGGACUUUUUGGUGCACCAGCUCCAUCUCAAGGGUUUGGUGCAUCAACGACUACAACUGGACUGUUUGGAAACACUACUGCCAAGCCUGCAGGCUUAUUUGGGUAUGGAACUGCCUUGUCUACACAAGCACCUUCAUUUGGCAUUGCUGCCCCGCAAAAUGCAACUGGUGGUUUAUUUGGUGCAGGCGGAGGGGUUCUUGGUGGAACUCAACCUGCAGUUGGCGGAUCUCUCUUUGGUAAUACUGCACCAUCGUACGGAUUAGGUCAAAUUCAGAAUCAGCCUCAGGUUGGACUUCAAGCCAAAAUUGAUCAGAGUCCUUAUGGUUUCAAUCCACUACUCCAACCCACAGCCGCUCCUGUAUCAACUGCGCCAAGUGUAGCUCCUGCCCUUAUUGGAACUCCUGCCGAGAAGAAAAAACCUGCAAUUGCAUCUAGUCUUAAAGUGACUCCGCGUAGUGCAGCUAAAAUUAAACUUCGCAAUCUUGUUCCUACUUCCCAACAGGUCGGACCCAGUAUUUCCGAAGUACCUCGUGGUAUUUUCACUCCAUCCAAGGUCGGGCUCAAGUCUCUACAGCUUACAGAGGGAUCUCCUCGAGACCCAGCCUCGCUUGGUCUUGAUGCUCGGUUUACUCCUCGACGUAAUGUGAAGCGCCUUAUUAUUGAUGAUGCAAGCGAAGUUUUGUCAUACACUGGAAACACAUCUUUGGGAACACCUUUAAAAUCGACAUGGUCAUCUGGUGAUGCGGGUAAACGGAAUGUCAGUUUUGAUCCAUCACUAGAAGAGGCUGCCGAGGCAUCGCUGAGUGCCCGAGCUAUCUCUGUAGGCGGGAAAAGUCCAUCACGCUCACCAUUCCUUUCCAGCGCUUCUUCCACACCCCACGGAUCUAGCAUUGAAACUACACAUGCCAUUCAUUCGUUCAAGUCUCUAUCUAAUAUAUCCCCUGGAUUUAGAGAUGAGGUAGCAGACUACAUUAUGGACCCCCCACUCCAAACCCUUUUGCUCAUGUCGGAUGAGGAACUUCGCCGAGUAGAGAGAUUUACUAUCAGACAUUCCAGCUUUGGUUCUGUAUGCUUCUUGACACCAGUAGAUUUGCUAAGUGCGUCACACCUUGGAACCAGGGCUGGAAUCGAGCAUAUUCCUGGUACGAUUGUUAUUUUUGAACCAAAACUCUGCAUUGUUUAUCCCGACGAGGAAAAUAAGCCGCCAGUCGGAUUUGGUUUAAAUGUGCCUGCCGAGAUUAGUCUUACAGCAUGCUGGCCUAUUGACAAGGCAACUCGCCAGCCUAUUAAAAAUACAGCAGACCCACGCUAUGAUCGUCAUAUGAGUAAGCUUGAGACAAUGCCAGAAACUCAAUGGCUUGGGUUUAACAGUCUAAGUGGAACGUGGCUUUUCCGUGUUGAACACUUUAGCAAAUAUGGUAUUGAGGACGACGAUGAAGACGAAGUAUCGCUUCCUGCUCAAGUUCCUGCCUCCACAGCUGCUGCUUAUAAAUCUACUCCAGCGCUAUUUCAACAUGUUGGCACCCAUGAUUCCAAGUAUAAUGAAUCUGAGGUACAUACAAUCGAUUUAACUACAGAGUCAUCUUAUGUUAAAGACUCGUUUAUGCAUGUCCGCAACCAGGCAGAUCUUCCACAUCGUCACGGUCCUUUAACUCUUUCGAGCAGUAUGCAGACUAAGAAGGGUUUAGGUUUGGAUGCUGAUGAAUCUGAUAGCAAGUUGCCAUUAUUUGCAAAUUCCGAGUAUAUUCAAAGCUACACAGACUCUCAAGGUGGGCUAUAUAUUGAACAGGAAGACGAGAUGGACGACCAGUCUUUUGACAAUGACAAAGAAGUUUAUUCCGAGUCUUCUGAUGGUUCUAAUUUAACAGAUGAGGCUUUUGACUCUGCUACUGAUGGCAACGAAAGUGAGACAGCAGAUCAUGAAAUUCCCGACACUUUGAACGUGGAUGCUGCAAUGAAGGUGGGCAUGCCAAUGUCAGUACUUAACGUGACUACUUCAGCAAUCGAUCGAAUGAGUCUUGCUCAUAAAGUGCAAACAAUGAAGCAGUCUUUGUUUCGAUCUGCUGCCAUGCCCCAUUCUGGAUUAUCUGAUUCCUCAAAAUCUACUCCGCAUUUUUUUAAAAAUCCUGUGACUUUUCAUGCACAUGUCUCGAGUGAAAGCAAUGAGGCUUCGAUUAUAGAUAAACGACCACGUACUUCAACUAUGGGUGUUGGCACAUCACUGGGAGGUUCGCGUACUGAUUUUAAUACACCUUCAAGUGGCAAAAUUUUGCUCCAAGCCACCUUUGACACCGAAAAACUUGCUGAUCACCACAUGUCACUUUCGCCAGCUCAAUCGUCUCCUCAAAAAUAUCAUCGUGCUGAUUCUCUUGAUGCUACAGUGCUUUCAAAAAAAUAUCUUUCUGAACUUGCACCAUUCGAAACAAGUGUUGUUUGUGAUAAAAACACGAUGAUUGCCGAUUCUGGAUUAUACAUGGGCCGCAGCUUUCGAGUUGGGUGGGGGCGAGGUGGAAGUUUUGUAGUUACUGGGAGUGCGACACAGAGAGGAGCCAUGUCUCGUGUUUCUAUUCGAAAAGUCAAUAUUUUUGAAUUUGGUAAUCAGAGCUCUUUUGAUCAAUCCGAAGAAGUUUUUAAGCAGAUUGCAUCGUUGAAAACCGUUUUAGAGCAGACGCAGGUGAACGUGACAACUAUAGUUUCCGAUACUGGCGAUAUAGAGGAGUUUGUUGAUGACUAUCAAAAUGUCAAUGCUGUUAAUGGCAAUACUAGUCCAGUUGAAUCUCAGUCGAACACCAACUUAAAAGAGCCUUUUCAGAGUUCAGCAUUCCCACACCAUGCAUUUGGUGUUCCUCGAGCUCGUUUAAGCAGGGCAUUCGACUUUUUCUCUCUUGAAAAGGCCAUUGCUUUAGUUGCCAUGGAGCAGCAUUCAGUAUCUGUUACGCAUGAGAAAUUUUUAUGGAAACUGGCAAGUGCAUUGUGGGAUGACGUUCUCCUGGAUUCAGUUGUAGGUAAGCAGAAACUUACCCAUGCCCAAGAAUGUGCUAUACGGACUGCUCUGCGUAAAGAAGCUCUAAGCGAAUGGCUUAUAUCCGCGCUCAAAGAUGAGACAGACAGUGAAGUUGACCGCAUACCUCAUCCAUAUCAACGAAUUAUGAUGUUUCUCACAGGCAGAUUAGUAUCCAAGGCAAUUGGAGAGUCUGUCAAAAACCGUGACUUGCGUUUGGCAUCAAUUUUAUCUCAAAUCAACGGCCCAGGAUCAAGAAUUUCGCUGUUGUCGAGCAAUACUACUCAAAUGGCCUAUUUUUCAAAUGGAGUUCCAGGUCGUGGAGGAAUGGAUGUCAAUACACGUCAAGCCAUUAUAGAUCAACUUUUAGUUUGGCAGCAAUAUGAAAAAAAGGGUCUUGCACACAUUUCUCCCGACUACCUUGAUAUUCUUCGUCUUAUUAGUGGCGAUACCAAUCUGUGGGAUCAGCGCGUUUGUCCAUCUACGAUGAAUUGGAAACGGAGCUUUGGUCUUUUUUUCUGGUAUGGAAAGGGGGGUGAUUGGAGAUUUUCCAAGGCUUUGGAAACUUAUGUUUUGGGAUUUCAAACAGGGAGCGUACCUUGGCCACGCCCUGCUUAUCAACAGUCUAAACAAGAUGAACUCAAAAAGUAUGCUCCCAACGAGCCAUUGGACGCAUGCUAUCACUUGCUUCAAUUGGCUGUAGACCCCGCCUAUUCUUUGGAACCAGCACUACAUCCACAUACAAGCUCUAUGUUUCAACUAGACUAUCGCAUUCCAUGGUUACUUUCACAGAUGCUGGUUAGUGUCAAACAAGUGCGAAAUUUCAAAGAUACGAUGGCGGAAACCGCGAUUAUUCAACCACAUUUGAAAUCCAAUACUGAACAAAGUGCUAGUGAAGAUAGACAAACGGCUGGAAUGUGUUUUGGUCAAAGUAAAGCACUGGAUUGCAUUACAAUUUCUUUUGUAGCCCAGCUCGAGUCUCUUGGACUGUGGAAAUGGGCAAUUUUUGUAUCGCUGUUUGUCGGUGCUCAUUCUGGUCGCGAGGAACUGAUUCGUGUAUUGCUUUCACACUGGUAUCCGUUACAAGAUGCCAGUGGCAGUUGGAAACCACUUUCAUCCACUCGCGGUGAUAUUGUAAAUGGUCUACUUACGAGACAGCCAGUUGAAAAAAAGAUUGCCUAUGGCCAAUUCGGCAAUGAUAGUUUUAGCGACGAUUAUCUUUUUCUUACCAAGCAGCUUCGUAUUCCUGCUGAAUGGAUCCACGAAGCCCGUGCUUUGCGUUCUCGGUAUAUGGGAAACUUUCUUCAAGAACUUGUCUCUUUGUUGGAUGCAAAACACUUUGCGCAUGCGCAGCGGCUUUUUAUCUCAAAAAUCGCUCCUAUGCGCAUUAUUAAUGAAGACUUUGCAUUUCUCAAGCAGGCAAUUGAUCAAUUCGAUCAUAAUUCUGUGGAUAGUUGGGAACAUGGAGCUGGACUGUUUAAGCGAUACAUUGAUGUUGUUGAAUCGGCUACAGAAAGUAUUCAGCAGAUACAAGACUGGGCAGGUGAUGCUAGCAAAAUGUUGGACGAUCAAAGUAUUCUUGAUGAACAAACUCAUCGUGCAAAACUACUCCAGGAUACUCUUCCUGAAAUCCAUUCUGUGUUGAAAGUUCUUUCAGAUAACGCUCUUUCAAAGCUACGCAGUAUUGCUUGUACACGUAUCUUUUUGUUGAGUCCUAAAGACGACCGCUUGCUAGGUAUAGCGGUAGCAGAGAUGUCAACAAGGCUGUCGCGUCUGUCAUUAGAUAUUGGAUAUUUGGAAAACGACGAUAUUGGACUGAACUACACUCUUGAUGGUGAUCUUCUUAGAAAUUUACCUCUUGUGCCAGAGGAGCGUAUUGGAGGUAUACGCUUGCUAGUUACAGAUUGGAUUGACACUGCGCUCUGAUUACUACAAGACUAUGGCGGCUAUGAUUGAAGCUAUUUAAUGAGAUGUUGAUAGUUUUGCACAUCUAGUCAAAAUAAAACUGACUGGCUAUUUUACUUGGUUGACUAUGUUCAGUAUCAAAAACUGGCAUAAAACUGCCUUUCUGACUUGUCGUUUCUAUCGAGUCAGGUCAAACCCACGUGUUGUCAAAUGACUGUUGCUGCCAAUUACCGUUUAUUAAGAUUGUUUAAUGCAGAUUUCAAAUAAAUUGUCUAAUACUGCUAUUUAAA